GGGGCCCCAGCCGCGGGGACCAUGCCCGAACCCGGUCCCGACACCCCUGCAGCCGCCAGCGCGCAGCCCCCGCCGCCGCCCGCGCCGCCCGCGCCUAAGGAAUCCCCGUUCUCCAUCAAGAACCUGCUCAACGGGGCCCACCCCCGGCCGCCCCCCAAGCCUCAGCCGCCCCCGCGGACGCUCUUCGCCCCGGCCUCGGUGGCGGCCGCCGCCGCCAAGGGGGCCCUGGAGGGCGCGGCGGGCUUCGCUCUGUCACCCGCGGGCGAGCUGGCCUUCCCCCGCUUUGACAUCCCGGCGCAGAGGUUCGCGUUGCCCGCGCACUACCUGGAGCGCUCCCCGGCCUGGUGGUACCCCUACACGCUCACCCCCGCCGGCGCCCACCUGCCGCGGCCCGAAGCCUCGGAGAAAGCCCUUCUGCGGGACUCCUCCCCGGCCUCGGGCACCGACCGCGACUCCCCAGAGCCGCUGCUCAAGCCCGACCCCGACCCCAAGGAGCUGGACUCCAAAAGCCCGGACGAGAUAGUCCUGGAGGAGAGCGACUCGGAGGACGGGCGCAAGGAGGGCGAGGCGGCGGCGGCGGGCGCAGCAGGGGCUGGCGGCGGGGGCGCGGCGGGGGCGGCGGGCGCGGAGGACUGGAAGAAGGGCGCCGAGAGCCCCGACAAGAAGCCGGCCUGCCGCAAGAAGAAGACCCGCACGGUGUUCUCCCGCAGCCAGGUCUUCCAGCUCGAGUCCACCUUCGACAUGAAGCGCUACCUGAGCAGCUCGGAGCGCGCCGGCCUGGCCGCCUCGCUGCACCUGACCGAGACGCAGGUCAAGAUCUGGUUCCAGAACCGCCGCAACAAGUGGAAGCGGCAGCUGGCGGCCGAGCUGGAGGCGGCCAACCUGAGCCACGCCGCGGCUCAGCGCAUCGUGAGGGUGCCGAUCCUCUACCACGAGAACUCGCCUGCGGAGGGCGCGGCGGCCGCGGGGGCGCCGGUGCCGGUCAGCCAGCCGCUGCUCACCUUCCCGCACCCCGUCUACUACUCGCACCCCGUGGUGUCCUCCGUGCCGCUGCUGCGGCCCGUGUGAGGCCGCGCCAUGGGGACAGAUGGGGCGCCCCGGGCCCUCCUCCCAGCUCCACCGCACCCCACCCCAGGCCAGAGGAGACUGGACCCUGCCGAGGGCGCCCCGACGUGCAGCGGCCUUCGGGAAGCGGUGUGUGUGGGGGGGGGGGGGUUGGGGGGCGGCUGUCCCUUCCCCAAAUCCAUAACGUUUUGUAAGUAUUUGCAAUGCAUUUUUUUUUUUUUGUGCAAUUCGCCUCCCAGCCAUCACAAACAACACCAACGGAUUGGGGCGCUUCCCUCUGACUUUGGGUCUUGGUUUAUGUCCAGAGCAGGAAAAACAAAGUAAAACACUCAAAUUCUAGGGAUUGAGUAGUGCUGUUGACAGCUUUGGUUAAAAAAAAAAUUGUACAGGACAAGCCUCCGCCCCGGUUUGCAUCGCGCUGUGGCUUUUCAUUUGUGUGUGUGUGUGUGUGUGUGUGUUUUUUUUUUUCUAGAGGGAAAAAGCUGUAGUUUCAUUGGGUUUUCUCUAGUGCUCUGUUUAGAAAUGGAGACGGAGAAAUGACACUGUUACGGUUAUUUCUGCACUUCUGGGUGUAGUGUUUCCUCUGGACUCCCAACCAGCCGUUCUCCCCAAUUUUCAGAAUACACAGCAGCGCUUUUCUUAACCUCCGGGCUCAGGCCACUCUAGGAGAGAGGUCUGCUGCAAGUGAUUCCUUUCUCCCUCCCUCUUUGUGACUGGGAAAAAAAAAAAAAAAAAGAGAGAGAGAAGACAGCCCCAGGCCAGAAGGCCCAUCCCUGAGCCAUCUUUACAGCCCGGCCUGUGUGAGAUGCCUUACUGGUUAACCAGGCAGAGUCUCUUUGGAGUUUUUCAUUUGUUUGGUACACUGUCAUGGCUAGAAUGAGUGCUACUUUAUUCCUUUGUUUGGAGAAAGUGGUUUCAAGAUUCUUUUGGGAAGAAAAAAACUAUAUUCUCCCUGUCUGUCUCUCUCUCUCUCUCUCUCUCUCUCCCUCCCUCCCUCCCUCCCUCCAUCUCCAGCUUUUGGUUCUGAGGUGACUGUUAUAGUUUGCCCUGUGCAAUAUUGUACAAAACUCCCAGAGAACCCUCUUCUCUCCCCACAGAGAGGAGAAGAUAUUUUCACUGUACAAUCGCAGCCAUUAGUUUAGGAGGAGAAUGGGGAUGGGGUGGGGGCAAGAGGGGGAGAGGACACCAGGCUGGCUAGCACCGCUCAGAGGGUAAGACAGGCAUACCGGAGCGCUUUAAGUGAAGGACAAUCAAUUUAGGAGAAUUUUUAACUUAUUUGAUAAAUGUACAGAUUUCUUGUAAAGUUCACCCUCAACUCUGCAGGGCUCCUUGGCCUUGCUGCUAAAUCGGUUUUCUUUCUGACAUCUACACCUGUUGUUUUGAGAUAGUUUGUCUCCCCCUCCCCACACAAUUCACUGGCCCCUUCCCCCACAUCUCUACCCCUAUUCCAGCCCUUUUUAAGAAAAAGAAAGGAAAAAAAUAUUGUUACACUUAAUGUUGUUGUGAAAAUGGAAUUAAUUAAAAAGAAAAGAAAAAAAUCGAACCGUGUGGCCAGAUUGUGUAACUUGGAGGAUCCUGU